AUGAAUGACGACGACGAUAUUCAUGAAGAAUAUGAAGAAUCGUUACUUGUUCAAAUAGAAGAAGAACGUCUUGCUAAGAAGAAUUCAAAGAUAGGUCGUCGUGGUUCUAUUAUGGGUCACAAUAUUGUUGAACGUGAUCCAAUCGAGGGUCACGAAAGACUUUAUCGUGACUACUUUGCCAAUCCUCCAAAAUAUGGGGCUCGUCUUUUUCGAAGGAGGUUCAGAAUGAAGCAAGCUCUUUUCCUUCGAAUUCAUGAUGCUGUCAUUGCACACGAUAAUUAUUUUGUUCAAAGAAGGAAUGCUGCUGGGCGUCUUGGUUUGUCAUCACUUCAAAAGGUAACAGCCGCUUUUCGAAUGCUUGCUUAUGGUGUUACAGCCGAUUAUGUAGAUGAGUAUGUGCAGAUUGGUGAAAGCACCGCUAUAGAAAGUCUCAAAAGAUUCGUUGUAGCAGUUGUUGAAGUGUUCGGUGAUGAGUACUUAAGAUCCCCAAAUAGUGAUGACCUCACGAGAUUACUUGCAAAAGGCGAAGAGCGUGGCUUUCCUGGGAUGUUGGGAAGCAUUGAUUGUAUGCAUUGGACAUGGAAAAAUUGCCCAACUGCUUGGCAUGGUAUGUUUAUAGGCCACAUUCAUGAACCAACUAUUAUUUUAGAAGCUGUAGCUUCAUAUGAUCUUUGGAUAUGGCAUGCUUUCUUUGGGUUACCUGGGUCUCUUAAUGACAUCAAUGUGUUAGAACGCUCUUUUGUAUUUAGUGAAUUGGCUGAAGGCCGUGCUCCUCCUAUUAGCUAUGAAGUCAAUGGUAGAUCAUAUGAUAUGGGAUAUUAUCUUGCUGACGGUAUAUAUCCAUCGUGGGCAACAUUAGUGAAGACUAUUCCAGCUCCACAAGGAAAUAAGCAUAGACAUUUUGCUAAAGAGCAAGAAGGGGCAAGGAAAGAUGUGGAGCGUGCAUUUGGGGUGCUUCAAGCGCGUUUUGCGAUUGUCCGAGGCCCAGCAAGAUUUUGGGAUAAGGAUAUCCUAAAGUAUAUUAUGACAGCAUGCAUAAUCAUGCAUAAUAUGAUCAUUGAAGACGAGCGUGAUGAACAUGAGAGUGAUCGUAGACCAAGACACGUGCAUGAAAUCGAAACAUUAUAUGAUAGAGUUGCUGACAUUCCACGUAUAUCACCUUCACUUGAGCGUACACCAACACUAAUGGAGUUCAUUGAAAAUCGUCAUCGGAUUAAAGAUAAACAAAUGCAUACUCAACUCCAAGAGGAUCUUGUCGAGCACUUAUGGAAAGUACAUGGAGGACAAUAG